CGUCAGUUUUGUAUUCGUUUACUUACGUGGUUUACGGGUCGUGUCGCAAACCUCUUUAUGCAAUCGUUUUCUGAAUAAAACAUGAAAAUGAUAUUUCUAAACGGACAAUUUAUUUUACUAAUAAUUCUGGGUUUACUAUCAAUCCGCACCAGUGUAGGAGAAAAUAAAUAUUCUGCCGAAGCAAAUAAGCCUAAAUAUGCAGAGUCUUCACAAAUCCCGACGUCCCUCCGGGACUUGGAUAAACCGUUCAGGAUGGCCAAGUUAAAUGUGCUCUGGGUUAAGGCGAAGAAUCGUUUGACCGAUACCAAGCUACAAUCAAUUUUCAGUGAGUUGAAGAUUCAUGAUAAGGAAGAGAUCGCAUACAAGCAUUUUAAAUCAGAUGGAAAGGAUCCUGAUGGCUUAGAAGAAGCCCGUCUAAGGCAGAAGUUCAUCGGAAUAAUGAGUACAUAUGACUUACUGGAACAUUUCGUGGAAACUGAAGAUCCAAAAUUACUCAAAAUGCAUAAAGCACUGAAUGAUGGUAGCAAUUAUGUUUCUAAAGAUGUAUUUGGCGAUAUAAAACUCAACAAAUUAUGGGCUAAAGCUGAGAUGGCUGGUUUUACUGAUGAGGAGCUUGAGACUUUAAAACAAGAAUUUCAACAUCAUCAGGAAAAAAUAGAUGAGUAUAUGAAUUUACUAAAAGGCCAGUCUAAAGAUCCAGAGAAUUCUGAAAAUGCAUUACAUUUAAAAUCAAAAAGUUGGAAUGAGUUAGAGACCGAAGAAGAAUUAUCUAAUGAUAUACCAGAUCGGAAAUUAACUCACGAAGAAAAAGCGAAUUUACUUCGGGAGAAACAUUUGGAACUGAGAAACGGAUUUGAUCGUUUAGACAGACUUACUGCAAAAGGACCAAACCACAAAGAAUUUAUAGAUCCCAAAAUACAAGGAUUAUGGAAGAUUGCGGUAGAAGCAAAAUUUUCUCCUGAAGAGUUGUCAUCCUUAAAGGAGGAACUGUUGCACUAUGAAUCAAGACUACUCAAACUACAGCAUUUACAUGCAGAAAGAGCUUUGGAAGCAGCACGGACAGGACAGCAUCAUGACUCAGAAAAUUCAACUGCAGAUCAGCACAUAAAGAAACAUGUUAGAACUGUACAAAAGCUUCAUAUGGAUUUAGAAAACAAGAUCAUGCAGAGACAUUCGGAAUUAUAAGAAAAUUGUAUAAAAAGCUAUAGAUCAUUGCCAUUUACAAGAAUCAAUGUACAUGCAAUAUAAUAAUAUAUACAAAGCAAUUAGAAACGUUAGAAUCGUUCAUCAUUAAAUGAAUGAUGAAUAUUUGGU